AUGUCCAUACAUACCAAGCUCUCCUCCCCGUCCUCCACCAGCCCCAUGAGGCUCUGCUCCAAGACGUACAAGAAAGCUUCCCAACUCUACCUCACACGACGCCUACCGGAAUCGCUUGAAUCCCUCCAGCCGAUCAUCAAUGUCCCGUCAUCACAAGAAGAACAGUACACAAACGGUGACUCGGCCGCGGUCGCGCCUGUCGCGCCGAUCGCCACCGCCCCCGGCACGUGGAGAAUCAAGGUGUGGAAUCUCUACAUUACCCUUCUCAGCGCAAUAGUAGACCUCGGGGCCGAGGAAGGGCAGAAUCAAUUCGGCCAGAAGGAGUGGAAGACAAUCGCGACACAAGUUCGCGAAGGCAGCAUUUGGCAGACCGUUGUGCAGGUCGGAUACCAAGGCCGGGAAGGCUCCGUGGACGCCGAGGUUGUCUACAAUUUAGCAACAUUACUACUGAAUCACUCCUCCUCUCAAGCUCUCAACCAGCAACGACUUGAAACCUACCUAUCAUCAUACGGACAACCCAACCUCGACCUUACAGAUCGUCUCCAAGAUGCGUCUAGUGGCUCUCCACCUCAGCGGAUCUCCGCCACGAGCGGAACAGACACCCCCAAGGAUUUAGCCGCCCGCGUGCGGAUUAUCGAGCUGUUUGUCUUGCACGUUCUUCCCCGCAAUGAAGAAUGGGAAUACGCGCAUGAGUUUGUCAACCUGAGCGAAGUCCUCGACGAAGAGCGUAAGGAUUUGUUCAUACAAACCCUAGAAGGUCUAAAGGAAGAGAAAGAAAGAGGAGAGAUGCGUGCCGCGGAGUUGCAGCGCCAGAAAGACAUGGAGCUUGAGCGGCAACGAAAUGAUGAGCGCCGAAGGGCCGAGGAGGCAGCCGCAGUCACACCUCCAAGGGCCAAUGGGCAUAAGCGCAAUACCAGCGAGGUGGACUAUGGGAUCGAAAAAGGAAGCCCGCGCAGCGCUUCCAAAAGCAAGGGCUCAGGCUCCAAGUCCUCCGAUAAGUCGGCCACCAGCAAGUCUACAACACGGACGGCUCUUCCGUCUAGCUCCAAGAGCUCCAAGAAGCAGGUCAAGUCCCAGCCUCAGGCGAAGUCAAAAGCCGUGGCCAAUUCGCUUCGUAACCUGUUCAAGCAUAUCGUCCAGAGCGUGUCGGGCAACCCACUAUCAAUAGUACGCACCCUGCUUUUCGUGCUUGGAAUACUGAUGGCGAUAAGCCGACAGGACGUGCGCGAACGAGUCCGCAGGAUCACGGGCUCCGCGUGGGACAAGGUGAAGGGUACUGUCGGCAUGGGUGUGAAGGUCAGCUAUAUCUGA